UCAAUUUUUAACGGAUCAAUAGUAAAAUUACUAAAAUUAUUAAUUAAAAAUUGAUAAUUGAUUUAUUAUUUAAUAAUAAUUUAGAUUUUUAGUAGAUCUUAAAUAUUCAGAAUUAACUAUAUAUUUAGAAUUAAUAAGAACUAAUUAUUAUUUUAUUACAUACCAUUUAUUAUUUGAAUUACGAUUAUCACAUAAAUAAGAAGAAAAAUCAAUGUGUUCAAUCAGAGAUUUUUUUCCUGUUGAAUAUAGAACCAGUGGAGUCAAACCAAAGAAAAAUUUUAUUCAAGAGAAUAAAAGAUAUGUGACUAAGUUAGCUAAAGGCACUCAAUCGUCCAAAGAAAAUUUAAACCCAUCAAAUAAAUUACCAUGCACCAAUAUUCAGAAUUUCAAGUUGAGACAAGGGCCAAGUAAAGAAACCAUCCCAGAUACAAAAAAUAAAAUAAAGUCUAUAGAUUUAGAUAAAAUUGAUGCUAGUAUUAGAUCAAUUCGUUCUGCAAUAGCUCAAACUAAGAUUACUCAAAAAAAAUUAGAAAUCAAAAAUGUUGAAAAAGUAUCAUUAGCUUUUAGAGAUCAAGCUACACAAACAGUAAAUCCAUAUGAAAUAGAAGAUAAAUUAAAAGAUAAUUGUAUCGGAUAUCCAAUAUCAGAGACUUUAGAUAUGGCUAAAACCAAUCAAACAAAACAUGUUAACACCAUCUCUGUGCAAACUGAAAGUUCCGAAUCAGAGUAUUCUAAUUGUAUGUCUAACAAAAAUGUUAAGUCAAUACAUCGACAAGACAUCAAUUCUAAAAAGAAACAACCAAAUUCAGUUAAAUUUAAAGAAAACAUAAUAGGUCAUCAUCAACCUGGAGAAAUACCUAAAUACCUGAAAGAUCGAAAAGCACUAAAAGAAAAAAAUGAGAAGGAAACACAAAAGAAAUUAGCAAUUAGGCGUGAAUUGGGUAUUGAUGAUCCAGCAUGUCCUCCUGGUCAUAUAUUAUUACCAGAAACUGAGCGUUUGGACCAUCUAACUAAGAUAAAAAAAGAUUACAAUCAAUUGGUUAUGCAGUUAAAUAUGUUGCCUGUCGCUUCAGAUUCAUAUAAAAUGAAAGAAAAACGUAAACAUAUAGAAAAAGAAUUAGAUCAAGUGCAAUUAGGUAUUAAACUAUUUUCUAAAGAUAAAUUAUAUGUUAAGGUUAAUCAAAAUAUUGCUGCUUCUUACAAAUAGUUAAAGCAAUUUUAUCAAAUAAAUAAAACGAAUAACUGUAGUGUAUUAUUGCAUUUCAGAACCUAUGUAUUAAAAAAUAUUAACUAUAACUUAAACUGUCGAAUUAUUUUUAAGAAAUAUAUUUUAAUUGCUAUCUGUUUAUUUACUUAUUACCUACUAUUGUUAUUUUAUCAUAUAGGAAUUUUGCUGUGACUUAUAUUAAUUUUGACAAUAUUAUGUAACUAUUAGUUAUUUUUAUGAAUUUUGAUUUUUUCAAUUAAAUUAAUUUGUUAGUUUAAAUCAUUUCACAUAAAAUUGUAACUUAUAAUUAAAAUAUUACCUGAUUUCUGUGAAUAGAAUAAUUACUAAUUUUUAAGUGUUAUGUCUUUUUCUUUAUUAAAUAUUUAAAUAAUAAAAUGUUGUUCUUAUAUAUA